GUUGUUGUUUUUACGGGGGAAAGUCCCAGUUGUGAACGAUUUUCUGAGUCACCCUUAGUGGUGUAUAGUGUUAGGGAAAAUGGUAUCGAACAUGGUGAAGACUGGCAUCGUAGCCGCUGUGGGUGUCACUGUCAUCGUGCUCUCAGCAACUUUGGGCUGGAUUCUCGUUCCCAAUAUUGUUACUUCGGAGGCAAUUAUAACAGAAGACAAUGAAGCUAUUUAUGGAGCUUGGAGGAGUCCCCCUGUUCCGUUCUUCAUCCAAUUCUUUCUAUUCAACUGUACGAAUUGUCAACUUGAAGGACCCGGAGACAGUAGCGUCGUUUUAGAAUUACAACAACUGGGACCGUUCACCUUUAGCGAAAAACGAGUGAAAUUCAAUAUCACAGAAAAAGACGGGUUGCUUACUUACCUCGAAGAAGAAAGUUAUUAUUACGAACCAAUGGGAGUUGAAACAUCAUUGGACGAAUCCAUCAUUACAGUCAACCCAGUUUAUUUCACGUUAGCUUCGCUGAUAACUGAUCUCGCACCACCUGAGUCAGUAGAUACUCUUUCGACAGCAAUGCAUCGCUUGUUGAAUGAUGUUGGAGAGCAUCCGUUUAUGAAGCGCAAAAUUCGCGAAAUUCUUUUCGAAGGAUGGAGUCUUCAACCUUACAUUGAAAUCCUCGUUAUGCUGAGUGAUUUGGCAGGAAUCCCGCUACCACCAUUGCCAGAAGACCCUCGUUUCGGAUAUUUUUACGGGGUAAACGGUACGGAUGGGGGAGAGUUUAAAAUUGAAUCCGGCGCCAAUGGACUCGACAAGUUAGGACUCAUCAGAUCAUGGAAAGGGGAAAAAAAUCUGAGUUACUGGGAUGACCAAUACUGCGAUAUGAUCAACGGCACUGACGGGGCCAUUUACCCACCCCUUGUAGAUGUCAAUGAAAGGAUUUACAUUUUUGUUACGGAUCUAUGUCGGUCGAUAUACACUACGUACGAGAGGGACGUCGAGACUGUGGGAAUUACUGCCAAUCGAUUUACUGUGCCACCAGAAGUUUUUGAUGACAAAAAUCCCGAUAAUUUCUGUUACUGUAGAGAUCAUAGCACAAACCCCGAACUUUGUUUUAGCGCUGGACUUCUCGAUUUGCGGCCGUGCCAAUUUGGUGCACCGGUAGUGCUGUCCUCACCUCAUUUUUAUUUAGGCGAUGAGAAAUAUUCUAAUGCUUUUAAGGGAUUAAAGCCCGUUAAAGAAUGGCAUGAAACCAACAUAGAUCUUGAACCGCUGACAGCUGUUCCAGUUUUUAUCUCCGAGCGUAUUCAAAUUAAUAUCGACGUACGACGAUAUGGCGUUCCUCCGAGGCUUUUAGAUAUUAAUAAUACGGUUUUCCCUGUAUUUUGGAUUAACGAGACUGCUGUACUGGACCAACCUAGUGCUGAUGACGUCACAUUGGCCGUUAACGUGAUUAAUGGGCUCAACAUAAGUCGAUGGUGCUUCCUGGCCGCUGGAAUUGCUUUAGUUAUAGCGAGCAUCGUCAUGCUCGUUAUCUUCUAUCCAAAAUAGGAUCUCUAAGACGAUCAGGAGGAUGUAACACUGUCUUGUGACAGUAACUAAAGAUGGUCAUUAUCAAUUCAUUAUACGGCACCAGGGAAGGUAUUUUCGUGAACAUCUUGUACGUGAUUUUUGGCCA